GAAAAGAAUAUAUGCGAAUUACAUGGAAGCAUUAGUGAAGAGGAGAUUGUCGAUAAGACGACGACGUUCGUUGGAAAUCAAGAGAGGCGGUGCACAUCGCGAUGAGAGAUUGUCUGAAUUACAGAAUGAGUGGGAUCGCAUGGAUGCACUAUGGAAGAAGGCUGUAGAAACAGGAAAUACACCUGGUAUUUCUACUGAUGUGAAUGAAACUGAGAGUAAUGACGGACAGCUUGGAGGUGCGACGGGGAAUAUGGUUACUUCUACCAGCGUUAAUGAAGAUGAGAGUGCAGGUAGUUCUGGUAGUGUUGGUACCUCACAGCGCGAAGGUGCAGCCAGGAAGGUGGAUACUUCUGUCCUCGUUAAUGAAGAUGAGAGAGCAACUACCUCACAUGACGUGCCCGGGAGUAAUGUCACACACAACAGUGGAGGUGAAGAUGAGAGAGCAACUACCUCACAUGAUGCAGAUGGGAAUCCAGAAAUUAUCACAUACAUCCAGAAUUUUAGAGGUAGGCACACAGUGAGGAAAUAUAGUGUUCCUUCAACUUAUAACAGAGAGUUAAGAAUGUAUUUACAUGCUUAUAGGGAUUAUUUUAUAGAUAAGAUGCGAGAUUUGUAUGAUAGAUCACCUCUGGCAAUGUCACUCAGAAUCCACCCGAUUAUAGUUAUAAGGACAUUACGUCAAAACAUAUCGGUUGAUGAGCAAAAUGGACAAUUUGUAAUAAAUUUAGCGUUUGAGUUAGUAAGUGAAAAGGAAAUCUCUGAAGUAUUUGAUAGAUGGGUGGGAACGAUAUUAGAAAGAUAUGAGACAGAGUUGCAAGAUCAGGAAGGAUAUGGUUGGAUCAUAGAUCAAAUCGAAUCUUUCAGUAUCGAAUACGUCAAAGUAGAAUUCAGAGUACAAGUAGGAUCAUAUGUGGCAUAUCCCAAGAAACUACGAGGGAGUCAAUAUAUAUUUAAUCCAAAAAUUAAUGAUGGGUUGUGUGUACUGCGUGCUUUUGCUGCCUAUCAAUGUCAAAUGGAAAAAUAUAUCCAGAGUUGUCGAUACUAAGAGAGGAUGUCUUAAUCAUGCAAAAUCUUCUAUAAAUGAUUUUCCCAUUACACGUGAUAAGUUAGGUAUAUUAGAAAAGUUGAAGUUAAGACACAUGUGCAACAUCUGAGUGUCUUUAUUGAAGACGUUUCGCCAUCCAGUGGCUUUAUUAAUACAAAUUCCAGGACAUAAGUUGAAGACAGUAGAACUAUGUUCAGAAGAUGAGGUAAUCAGUCCCUCAACCUUGCAGUAGGUGCGAAGAACGCUGUAGUCGUGGAG